AUGGAGCCAGAAGCCUUGGAAAUAUGUCCUUAUGACCCAAACCACAGAAUGCCAGCCAGCAGGCUACAGUACCACCUGGCAUCAUGCAGAAAGAAAAAUCCAAAGAUAGCUAAAAAGAUGGCUAACUGCAAAUACAAUGCUUGUCAUGUGGUCCCAAUCAAAAGGCUCCAGGAACAUGAGGCUAAUUGCAUCAAUAAAACUGCUGUAGAUGAGGAGCCACUUAAUCUUCCAAAGUUUACUUGCCCAAGUUUGGAAUCAGAUGAGAAACUUCCUGAUGCUGCCAAUCAGAUUCCUGACCCUGACAUAUGGAAUGUAGAUAAUGUGCAUCACUUCCCAUCAUUUGUUCUUCAGACUUUUGCUCCCAAAAUUCUGGUUUGUGAAAGUGACUCAAGAGACCUAAAAGAGGCUACAGUUGAUAAGCAUCCUAACAACUAUAAGUCCCAGAGAAAAGGUUGGAAGUGCUGA